AUGACGUCAAAAUAUACAGGUAAAUUAUCAGAAUUUCAAAUUUCAGACACCGGAAAACAAGUCGUUCAUGUGGAUGACAUGAAGAAAGCUUUAGAGGAAUUCGAAAAGAAGCUUAAUUUGACACUAAAUUGCAAUCGUCCAACUGCUUCAAGUACUGUAACUCCUAAACAAGGGUCGGACAAUCAAUUAGUGGAUAUAUUAAAAUUACUAAAGAAAAAUGGUCAGUUGCAAAGAGGUCUUCAAACGCCAAACGACGAAGAAAUCACUUGGUUAAAAAUACAUGUUCCAGUU